AUGAACUUUCUCAAGUCUGCUGUGGCAUCGGCCAUCGCACAAGGUCCUCCAUUCCCCUACAAUUUUGGCGACAAGGUCGAUAUCGACGAGUCCAUCUGGACAUUGUACAACGGUACCAAGAGAGAAGAUGGAUCAAACUGCAGCAUCUUUUCCUUCGAUAUAACUACCAAUCGAUCCCAGCUACCCCUAGCCAAGAAUGCUCUAAAGAAGCUCCGAACAUUGCGACACCCGGGCGUAAUCAAAGUCCUAGACGCCGUCGAAACGGAAACAUACAUCUACAUCGCGACCGAACGAGUGGUACCCCUGCGAUGGGACGUUCGAAGAAAGAGUCUCAGCCCCGAGACGAUAAAAUGGGGUCUUCAUAGCGUUGCGCGUACAUUAAAAUUCAUCAACGACGACGCUUCUUCCAUCCACGGAAGCAUCAAAGUCGGAUCGAUCUAUACUUCAGAGAGUGGAGAAUGGAAAUUGGGCGGAUUUGACGUUCUCAGCAGCCUCAAGGAUGACGAGUCUAUUAUCUACACAUACGGAAGCUUGGUCCCCGACGCUGCAAGAUAUACCCCCCCUGAGUUGGCCAGAGGUGGAUGGGACGUUAUCAAGAAGAAUCCUCACACAGCAGUCGACGCAUUCAAUCUUGGAACUUUGAUAUUCGAGGUUUUCAAUGGCGAGUACAUCGCAGCUGACCAAGCUGGCCAGACCAAGAAUGUCCCCCCUUCAAUGCAGUCCAGUUACAAGCGCCUGUGCAACGCCAACCCCAAGGCUCGAAUCAGCGUGGGCGCCUUUCUCGACCAAGGAAACAGAAGCGGAUCUUUCUUCGACAGUUCUCUAAUCAAAUUGACGGAGGGUAUCGAUAACCUGGAUAUCAAGACCCCUGAUGAACGAGAAGAGUUUCUUGCGGGCCUAGAUGAAAUCAGCGAUGAUUUCCCUGAAGAAUUCUUCAAAUUAAAGGUGAUGCCCGAGUUGAUGAAAUCGGCCGAAUUUGGCGGCGGAGGUCCCAGAGCUGUCACUGUAGUUCUUAAGAUUGCGGCCAAGAUUUCCAAAGAAGAUUUUGACUCGAAGAUUACGCCCUUCAUUAUUCGCCUAUUUGGAAACCCUGAUCGAGCCAUCCGAGUGUGUUUGCUAGACAACCUCCCUUUGAUGAUUGAUCAACUUUCACAGAAGAUCGUCAACGACAAGAUCUUCCCACAAUUAAUUACCGGGUUUACCGACGUAACACCUGUAGUAAGGGAACAGACUCUCAAGUCGGUACUUGUUAUUAUCACAAAACUUUCGGACCGCACAAUCAACGGCGACCUCCUCAAACAGCUCGCGAGAACAGCGAAUGACGAGCAGCCUGGUAUUCGUACAAACACAACUAUCUGCUUGGGAAAGAUCGCCAAGCACCUCGGCGCUUCAUCGCGGUCAAAGGUUCUCAUAGCCGCUUUUACAAGGUCACUUAGGGAUCCUUUCGUCCAUGCUAGGAAUGCUUCCUUGAUGGCGUUGGGGGCCACCGCAGAAUAUUUUACGGACGAGGAUGCGGCUUGCAGAAUCUUGCCUGUAAUCUCUCCUGCCUUGAUUGACAAGGAGAAGAUUAUCCGUGAAUCUGCGACUCGCACUAUGGAGGUUUAUCUCCAGAAAAUCAAGAAGGCGGCUUCCUCCAUGCCUGACACAGUUCUACCUCCACCACAGGCUGCUGAUGGCGCGGCCCCACGAAUGGCCACGCCUCAGCCAAAUGAAAACAACGCGGCCGGUUGGGCAGGGUGGGCAAUCUCAUCUUUCACCAACAAGAUCUCUGCGGCUGCGGGUGAGAUUCAUGCCGAGUCAGACUCCCGUACUGCUUCACCGGCGCCAGCUGCUUCAGCUAGCUCUGAACCCAAGAAGCCAGCGACUGGUACUGCCUCGUCACUGCACCGCCAAGCAGUCAAGUCGCCCCCGGCACCUCUAUCUCGCAACUCGUCACAUACCGCAAGUGUGGUAGCCGAUUCUUUCUUACCUGUAGAUGACGGUGAUGAUGUUGGGGAUUCUUGGGGUGACAUGAACGACGACUUUGACAGUUUCGAUACUCCCGGGCAGUCUUCAAAGCAACCCGCAGCCACAACUGCAACUGCCACCCCAUUCGAAGAUGGUGAGCCUGAUUUUGCUGGGUGGUUAGCUGCACAAUCACAAAAGAAGUCAGGCAACGCCAAACCCCUACCGAAAGGCUUAUCCAAGUCUUCGACGGUCAAGAAGCCUUUGGCAAAGCCCGCAGCUAAGCCAGUUGCAGCAAAGAAGAUUGAUAUGAAGCCAAAGGAGGCUGAUGACGAUGAUGGUUGGGGUGAUGGUUGGUAA